AAGGGCGGCUGGUGCGAUCUGCUCUUUUAUUAUCAGGAGUCCCUCCAAGAAACUCUUCGUCCAACGCAAGAGCCACCGCCAUCCGACGCGCCCGCUCGCCAUACAUAGAAAAAAGGCGUGAAACGACGCAAAAGGCAAACGCCCCGUUCGGGAUUUCGGAAUGGCGUGUGUUAAAUUCGCAACGAGUUGACAGACAAAGAGAGAGAGAGAGAGAGAGGAGAGGGGGGAGACAGAGUUUGGACAGAGGAGGCGCAGGGCAGAACCCGUGCAAGAACCUCUCGCGCGCGUGUUCCCUCUUCUCUCUCUUUCUCUGUUCGUUCGGCGGCGCUUGGUUCUUCCUCUUUCUCUCUCUCUCUCUCUCGGUCUCUCUUCCUUCUUCUGGGUUUUGUUCGGGAAGAAUGGAUUGCUGGACGUCUCCUCUCGCCCUGGACGACGAGUUUGAGAAACUCGUUCUCAGAAUGAACCCGCCCAGGGUUGCGGUUGAUAAUGCUUCCAGCAAAAAGGCCACUCUGCUCAAGGUUGAUAGCGCGAAUAAGCGUGGGAGCUUAUUAGAGGUGGUUCAGGUCCUGACGGAUAUGAAUCUCAUAAUUCGCCGCGCCUAUAUUUCUUCUGAUGGGGAGUGGUUUAUGGAUGUGUUUUACGUGACGGAUCAGAAAGGGAACAAGCUUUCUGAAGAUGAUGUUGCUGAACGGAUUCAGCAGUCGCUGGGCCCCAGAAUACGGAGUUUUCGUUCCUUGAGGAGCUCUGUUGGUGUCCAAGCUGCCGCGGAAAACACGACUAUUGAACUGACGGGGAGAGACCGGCCGGGCUUGCUUUCGGAGGUUUUUGCUGUUCUGGCCAACCUAAAAUGUAAUGUAGUGGCUGCUGAAGUCUGGACCCACAAUUCGAGGAUGGCGUCUGUCGUCUAUAUCACUGAUGAAGAGUCCAGUUUGCCAAUUGACGAUCCCGAUCGCCUUGCUAAGAUAAAGCAGCUGCUCCUGUUUGUGUUGAAGGGCGACAGAGAUAAGAACAGUGCAAAUACCGCUGUCACGGUGGGCUCCACUCACACCGAGAGGAGGCUCCAUCAGUUGAUGUACGCAGAUCGCGAUUAUGACAUGGAUGGUGUGGACGGAGGAUCUGCGGGAGAACAGAGCAAACUCUCUGUAACGGUUGACAACUGCAUGGACAAGGGAUAUACCGUUGUGAACUUGAGAUGCCAGGAUCGCCCUAAACUAAUCUUUGAUACGGUGUGCACAUUGACAGAUAUGGAUUAUGUUGUGUACCACGGGACUGUCAUUGCCGAGGGACCUGAGGCUUAUCAGGAAUACUACAUCAGGCACAUGGAUGGUUCCCCGAUUAGUUCUGAGGCAGAGAGGCAAAGGGUGAUUCAUUGCUUGGGUGCUGCUAUUAAGAGGAGAACUUCUGAGGGAAUAAAACUAGAACUCUGUUGUCCUGACAGAGUUGGCCUUCUGUCCGAUGCGACUCGAAUAUUUAGAGAAAAUGGCCUGUCAGUUACUCGGGCUGAGGUUACCACUAGGGGAUCGCAAGCUGUGAAUACGUUCUAUGUGACUGAUUCCUCUGGUAAUCCAGUCAAGAGCGAGAUAAUCGAGUCUGUCCGGAAACAGAUUGGCGUGGCGAUACUUCAGGUUAAAGAUGAAUCCUACUCGCAGUCUCCACCACAAGACACUGGUAAAUUCUCUCUGGGCAACCUCUUCCGGUCACGGUCGGAGAAGUUCCUUUACAAUCUGGGCUUAAUAAAAUCAUGUUCGUUAGAGGCAAUUUAGGAAGAAUGUACCUUGUCUGUAGUGCCGGUAGGCAGUAGGAUGAUUCAUGACCACAUUGCAUCAACCAUAAUUGAUCCGGGUCGGGGGUUAAAGUGUGUAGAAUCAUAAAAAUUGGCUUGUAAAGUACCCUGUACAUAGUUCUCUUUAGCAGCAUCUGUUGCUGUAGGGAAGGAUGUUGUAAAUAAUAUUAGUUCCCCAACUUUGGUCAAUCAUUCAAUCCAAGUCUUGUUUACUGGUUUCUCUCGAUA